AUGAUCGGAACUGAAAGCACGGUUGACAGUCGGUCUGUAAUCAUCUACGUCUCCUCCCUCUACGAUACUUUGGCUCUUUCUCCUCGUGACCUCAUUACUGGUUAUCGUCAAGUUCUUCCAAUUCCUCCUCUUCCAGUCGACGUAGAGGUCUCACUUUCACCUCCUCCUCUAGGGUCUCAACUGACAUCAGCCUCAGACGUCUCCGCGGAAUUGAGGGCUUUGUGGACGGAAUAUCGGCAACUAGCCGCAGAGCUGAUUCAAUGGCUUCGAGCAACCUGUGAUCAUAUGGCAGUGAGACACUUUCCAGCAGAUCUGGAGUCCAUGCAACAGCAGAUUGUAGCGGAUUUAAAACGCCAUCGGAGAGAAGAAUUACCUCUUAGGGAAAGACAGAAACAACAGUUGGUUAGACUCUACGCAGAUCUUCAGAGUGCAGCAGACGCCAAUCUCUUGGCAAUCGAUCCAUUUAUGAACAUUGAGCACAUCUUCCGACUGUGGAAGGAAUAUGAACUGGCUCUGCAAAAGCGCGAGAUGGCCGUUGCAGCCGAAUUAUCCCGUCUUGAACGCCUUCAGUUGGCUGGCGAAAAAAUCGAACGCGAAUGCCUUUUGCUGCAAACUCAGGAAGCUGCACUUGAGAAACGCAUGAACGAGAUGGGAUCCGAAUUUGCAUCGUUGCAAGCAGUUGAAAUGGACAGUGAAGUGAAACGUUGGAUGGAACAAAUGAAAUUAGUUGAGACCGGUGUAAAUAAUCUUUUUGAUCAGGUUCAAACUCUCCGCAAUGGUCGAUAUUUCAGAACAGAGCAGGUUUACAGGAAAGUAUGCACAUUGCACCAACGUCUUUUCGGGUUACAGCGUCAAUGGAGAAAUUUCCUCAAGGCCACUUCAAUGACCCAAUCAGCUGAUAGAAUUCAACCCUCGCGAACCAAUGGGGAGAGCAUGAUGGAAAUGCCUAACGGUCGCAGUAGCUACAGCUUAAAGUGGUUGGUGGAAAGAAACAAAAAUACUGAAGCGUUGCAGGCUGCUUUUGAUUGGAUUCAAGAAAAGAAAAAUACGGUUGAAAAAGCACCCUUUGGAGAAAAUAGAAAGUCUAUUGCUGAUGCCACAAAUCGUUUCGAGCUAAUCUACAAAGAGAUUGAGGCCUUCCAGUUAGAAGUGAAACAGUGUCACCUCUUGAGAUCUCAAGUCACUGAAGAUGAAGCCAAGUUCUUCGUUAUUCUUUUGGAUCAAGUAGAAAGUCAGUAUGCCGAUUUAUUGAAACUGUCUUCACGACGUCUCGGCUUCGGUCGAUCACUCAGUGUCUUUGUCGAGCAUGCCAGCAAUGCGCUGCAGUGGCUUCGUGAAAAAGAGACCAUUGAAGUUACUCGAAUUUGGUCCUCACCCCAAGCUCUUCAGUCAUCGGAAAUUUAUGAGUUCUUCCGGGGUCUACUCAGAGAAAUUCAAUCUCAGGAACAGAAGUUCAACGAAAUCAGUACACUAGGAUCUUCUUUACAUCUUGAAGGACAUCCGUGUUUUGAUCUUAUUCAGACCUAUCUAACUUCCCUGGACAGUCACUGGGCGUGGCUUCUCCAACUCACACAUUGUCUUGAAACCCGAUUGAAUCGUACCGUCCGUUACCAACAAUUCUUCGCUGAGGCAAAAGAAGUAGAAUCUUUCAUAACAGCCAAGAAGAAAAAAAUUUGUGAAGUCAAUCAAGCGUCGAAGUCCGAGAAAAUCUCCGUAGAUACUGCAAAGGAACUCAUGCAAAUAAUUGUGGAUAUGGGCGAAGCCAUUCGUACACAAAGUUUCAUAGUAGAUAAGCUGAUUGGAAUGGGUGAUGAAAUCGUUGAUCUGGUUCCUCCAAAUAAUCCCAAUGAACUUGUGACUUCUAUCUGCUUCUUCACUCCGAACAGCGAACCACAUUACAUGGAAUUGGCUCCAGAGGAGAGUAAUGUUGAUGUUGUACCAUGGCCUUCAGCGAAUUUCGAAAAAUCUGAAAGAAUGACUAUAUCAACAGCCCUGAAUCCAUUUAGACUCAAGCUGAGACGAUUAAAUGGUGAAGAAAUGGAAGCCCCAUCCGUCUGUUUCUUGCCAGCCUAUCCUUGUCAAGAGGCCAAAACAUUAGCUCAGGAUAUUGUUACGCAUUUCCAAGAUCUCCAAGUGGCAUGGGCUGACGCUGAGCUGUCACUUCAUGGUCGACUGCUGAGAGCUACAAUGCAAUCUCUACCUACAUCUCUUUCUAGUCUUUCAAAUGCUGAAAGGCAACAGCUUAUGCAGCAACUACACGAAGACACCCAGCGUCACAUGGUUGGAAUGCGUUUGGCAAAUAAACCUGUGGAUGAAGUUGAAAUAUUCCAACGGGAGAGCAAUCGAUGCUUUCAACAACUUCAGGAAAACAAUGGAGUUGCAGCAGAAUCGAGCGAAACAAGUUCAUCUUCAACAGACCUCAAACGAUUUGAAACAGUGCUCAAUGCGUUGGCUGAGGAUCUGAGAAAACGAAAUGAUCUGGUCAUACCUAACCAGAUACCAGAGUUGGAAGUCGUACUCAGAAAACAUAAGGAGUGGUCAAGAUCUGUCAAUCAAAUCAAAGAACAUUUAGAACGGGCGACUUCGGGUUCUGGCAAACCUCCCAGUGAAAACUCCGGAUGUUCCGCGCUGCUAGCUGCAGCUAAUGAACUUUCCACUGCGGGUAAAGCAACUGCUCGACGACUGGCUGAAGUUGACGUCAUUCUCACGCGUCUCGACAGCCUUCAACGUGAAUUGGGCAAUGCUGAAGAAAGAGUAGUGGAUAUUGCUGCUAGGAUGCAUUCUCCCAGACAAAAACAGCUUUCUGGUUCUAGGGCUUCUCUUCAUAGUGAUGUCUCUGAAAUUGAGACUAAUGGCCUUGAGGUAGUUCAUGAUCAACUCAGGGAGGUCAUAAGACAUAAUAACGAAUAA